UCCUGAUACCUGUCAAAAAGAAUCCGUGUCAACAGAAAACCUAACCUCAAAAUUUCAUCAAAACAAAGCGAAACUUGAUCUUUUUUUUGUCACUUGAAAAACGUUGUUAAAAGAAGAAAAAAUUUUAACAACACAAAGACUAGUGUAAUAUAAUCAUAUAUCGUAUCGAUAAAUAUAGUGACUAUUUUUUAUUUAAAAAAAAAUUAGAAAUUAGUGUUAGACUGACAAAUGACCUUGACUCUCUUUUCAUUGUUGUCAACCGUUUUUAAUUAGUGACUAUAAGGUAUUUGAAAUAUAAAAGACUGAGACAGAAACAAAAUGUCUGUAAUUCAUCAAAGAAACAUUGCUAGAGUAUUCUUAAGAAAUUUGAUACAAAAUACAAGGUAUAUUUCAACUGACGUACCUGAGGAUGAAAUACAAAAAUCAGUCUUUAUUUCACAAUCAACGGACAUUCAUAGAAAUUUAGCACUGGAGGAUUGGUUUUAUAGGAAUUAUAAUUUUCGUAAUCAUCAUCUUUUAUUAUUAUGGAAGAGCGAUCCUUGUGUUGUUAUUGGAAGACAUCAAAAUCCUUGGAUUGAAGCCAAUAUUUCGUCUUUGGAAAAUAAUGGUAUUGCACUGGCAAGAAGAAAUAGUGGUGGCGGUACUGUUUAUCAUGAUUCGGGAAAUCUUAAUUUGUCCUUUUUCACACCGAAAGAACGUUACAAUAGACGAUACAAUCUGGACAUUAUCACUAGAGGAAUAUUCAGAGAAUGGGGUCUAAAGACAACUGUCAACAAAAAAGAUGACAUCGUCGUUCAAAAUGAAUUUAAAAUUUCUGGAACGGCUGCUAAAUUAGGACGACCCAAUGCUUAUCAUCAUUGUACUUUACUCGUGGAUGCGAAUAAACGAACUCUGAGUUUGGCUCUGGAGAGAAAAGAGACGGGAAUUACGACAAAUGCAACGCAAUCGAUACGUUCGCUAGUGAAAAAUCUGACAGAAAUUAAUCCUCAUGUUAGAAUUGACAAAUUAAUGAAUGCAAUUGGCUGGGAAUUUUUACGAACAAAGCCACUUAUCGCCGAAGACGGUGGUUAUAAUUUAGUUCAAAAACAAAGAGGAUUUCAAAUGAUAAAUCCCACUGAGGGCUGGUUUCCAGGUAUUGAAGAAUUAACUGGAGAAUUUCGUUCAUGGCAAUGGAUUUAUGGCAAGACACCAAAAUUCACAGUGACACGUCACAUUGAAAUGAAGACGCCAAAUACUUCUAGUCAUCAUCGUUUAAAAUUGAUUCUCGAUGUACAAGAUGGAAUUGUGAAUGAUAUUCAAUUAAUAUUGCCAACAGAUUUGGUACCAAUUGGCUGUAAUGAAAAUGCAAGUGUCAUUACAAAUCUUCGUGGUUCAAGGUAUAGUCCAGACAUUAUUGAUAAUAUAAUUAGCGCAAUUGGGGGCAAAGUAGUGCAUACUGAUAGUUCCCAAAACACCGACGAGGAAGACGCCGUCGCCACUUAGUUGAUUAUUAUUACUUGUCAGUCAAUAUGGAAAAAAGGAUGACGAUACCUGAUUAGAGAGAUAUAAUGCUUUUAUCUAUACAUAAAAGGUAAUGAGGGGAUUUUCGAAAUUUACCUCCUUGCAUUAAUCUAUUUUUAAUAUUAAAACAAAAAAAAAGUUUACUCUCAAUAUAUCUGCCAAAAGAAAUUUAAAGAAACCAAAAUUCGAAAAAUUUGCGAGGAACUGCAGAUUUUUUACUUUUCUUGAAAUAAAUUUAAACUGGAAGUACUUUUAUUUUCUUUUCUUUGAAUUAUAAAUUCAGGCUUCGUACACAAUAUAAUUUUAAUUAAAUUGCUCGAAAAAAUGUUAUUAUUUUCAUAAUUAUAAU